AUGGCAGACCUGCCCCUGGCAUCGGCUCCGUCGUCCACGGACCCUCUGGACGAGGACGAGAUGGGCGACGUGUUUGCCAGCCUCGCCGAGAUCCUCGAGGCCAGCGGAGAUGAACCCCAUCAACGUGAUCAGCAGCCACCCGUCCUGGUGCGCCUGCACACCCUGGACGGCAGAAGCCUGGAGGCCACGCUGCCGCGCGACGCCGCGGUGGCGGACAUCAAGCGGAAGGUACAGUCCUUGCAUGGCGUGCCGGAGUUCAAGCAGCGGCUCGUGCUGGGGGUGGGCGCCUUGGCGGACGACGAGCGCCCACUGCUGGCCUGUCAGCGAAGAAGGAAGAACGGCAUGAACAGAAACUGUCGGAGCUCCGCGCGGAUUUCUUGA